CACAGUUCGGUCGCAAUCCGGUGUAAUAAAGACGAACGUGCAAAGUAUUUCAGCAAACAUAAAUAUAACAAGAACAGCAUAUAAAUAAUAUACGUGCUGUAGAGUGUUUUGUUGUAGUUUUACAUAAUUCACUUUUGACUCUUAGGCCUACAGCGCCACAGGUGUAAACUUAGUAAAUACUAGUGCAUAAUAGUUGAGUAAACGUACGAAAAAUAGCAACUGUUAAGCAAAAACUUGUGAAAUUAAACUUUUUCAAGUGACUUACUUGUAACGCUGACGCAGCGUCGCUAAAAACCAAAAAAGUCUCAGAAAACUGUAGUAAGCACAGUGUGAACUAUAUUAAUUGAAUAUCAAAGCACUCAAAUAUAGAUAAAUCUAAGCGCAAACUGAACGCCAAAACGUUAACGCACUUGAAAAAUAUAUAAGUACAACGCUUGUGCUGCCAGCGAACAGUCGGUGUGCCAGCGAAGGCGACGGCGGCGGCAACCAAAGUUGUCCGGAAGUCGAGGUGUCCGGUAACGGUAACCGGUUCCGAUCGUCAUUUUUCCCGUUCCUUUUCCUGUUCCGCCAGUGUGAGCCAAAGUAAGGCAACACCUAGAACGACCGCUCUCCCGCCUGCCAGCAGAGGCCAGCGCGCACAUAUAUUUGUUUGCCGCUCACCUAUACAUUCCGACUUAAUAUAUGUAUUAGAAAUUCUUAGUUACAUAUAAAUAAAUCGGCAUUCAGUGAAUGCGCGUAGUUACUUUUAAAAUAAAUUAAAUUGAAGGAGUGUCGGCUACGGCAAUUCACAUCUUGUGGGCAACCAACAAACAUUUGGCCAAGCGCGCUUAGUACCAGCGGGCAUUAGAAAAUAGUUUUGUGUGUGUGUUUGUGAGUUGAAACGGCAACGUCAGCGGCCGCAGCAGCAGCAACAAAAACGCGCUCGUCGACCAAAUUGUUGGUCUCCGGUGUUAUUACCUUCCGGUGUGACCAACACAAUCGCACACACAAAUGCAAAUAAAGUUGAAGGAUUCGGCGGUUGCGGUUUGACGUGAUUUCACAUACGAAUUUUGCCAUUUUGCCAUUUUAUUGCUCGCAAGUGUAUAUACACUUGAAUGCCAUUAAAACGUUUUUGAACUAUAAACCGAUUUGUACUUUCGAAUUCUUGCCACCAUUUUUAUGGUUUAUUAAACAUUUUGUGAAUUGCUGAUGACAUACAACAAGUCCAUUGUGCUCCAGUAAUUGUAAUAAAAGUAGAAACAUAAUCCUAGUAAGUGCAACUUCUUGUGCAAAGUGUAUUAAAAAAAAAUAAUAGUGCGCGCAUUGCCAGUAGUUUGUUGCAACUGCGCACAUUUGCCGUCGGUGUUGUGCUGGAAAACGCAAACAUUGCCGCCGCCCAUUUGUGUCCUGGUGCCAUGAUGCUUGACAUUAAAACAUCAGCUGAUUAUUUGUCACGUUCGACGGGAAGUUUUAGCAAUUUUUCAAUGUUGUUCGCAGAUUCUUCGUACAAAUCCUCUUGGGGAUCGCAUGGCUCUACGCAAUCGCAGGGCUACAGCUCCAAUGCGCUGAGCAGCGUAGGCGUGAGCGUCGGCAAGUCAUCGCUUGAUCCGCAUUCACAUCUCAGACAGCCUGAUCCAUAUCAAAUGUUUGGGCCAACCAGCAGUCGACUAGCCAGCUCUGGUUCCGGGCAAAUACAGUUAUGGCAAUUUCUACUCGAACUAUUAUCCGAUUCUGGCAAUGCGGCCUGCAUUACCUGGGAAGGCACAAAUGGUGAAUUCAAAUUAACCGAUCCUGAUGAGGUGGCCAGACGUUGGGGUGAACGCAAAUCAAAACCGAAUAUGAAUUAUGAUAAGCUGAGUCGUGCGUUAAGAUAUUACUACGACAAGAAUAUUAUGACCAAAGUGCAUGGCAAACGUUAUGCGUACAAGUUCGACUUUCAAGGUUUGGCCGCCGCCACACAACCCGCCGCCAGCGAUCCCACCUACAAAUACCAGAGCGAUUUGUUCAUGACACCAUAUCAUCAUAGCGCCAAAUUGAGCUCAUUUAUGAGUCCGCAUCAUGGUAUGACAUCGUCAUCAGCAUCGAUAUUCCCAUCGGCCGCUUCGUGGGGCAAUUGGGGCAACCCGGCCACCAAUUUGUAUCAGCCGCACUCCAUGGGCCAUGUGACGCCGUCGCAUGUGGCGCCCCAUCUCAGCUCCUAUCCGCAUUAUGCAUGA